AUGGGGCGCUAUCGAUGCGAUGGGGCGCUAUCGAUGCGAUGGGGCGCUAUCGAUGCUCUCCUGCUACCGCCCUGUGGUGACAAAGCCUUCGCCCAGUUCCUGACGGAUGAGAUCAAAGAGGAGAAGAAGAUCCAGAAACACAAAUCCCUGCCCAAGGUCUCCGGCGGGUGGGAGCUGGAGGUGCACGGCACCGAGGCCAAGCUGGUGCGGAAGAUCGCCGGGGAGAGGAUAACAGUCACGUUCAACAUCAAUAACAGCAUUCCACCCUCAGUUGAUGAAGAAACACAAGAAGACCAGAAACCCGAUGAGCAGGAGCCUGAUCUUACAUCAACUCCAAACUUUGUUGUGGAAGUAAUAAAAGAUGAUACAAAACAGACCCUUGUUCUUGACUGCCAUUAUCCGGAAGACGAGGUCGGACAUGAGGGAGAGGAAGAAAGUGAUAUUUUCACAAUUCGGGAGGUCAGUUUUCAGCCCACUGGAGAAUCGGAUUGGAAGGACACCAACUACACCCUCAAUACGGAUUCCCUGGACUGGGCUCUGUACGAUCAUUUGAUGGAUUUCCUGGCUGAUCGAGGAGUGGACAACACGUUCGCUGAUGAGUUAAUAGAGCUCAGCACCGCACUGGAGCACCAGGAGUACAUUAAAUUCCUUGAAGACCUUAAAAGCUUUGUCAAAUGUCAGUAGGUAGGCUAGGAAACUUAUCUUCAAGUGUGGGUAUUCCACAGCACUGCUCAGCCAGCAAUACCCAAAUAGAUCUUCACAGCAGAUACGGAGAGUAAGUAACUUUGAAUUUGGCAGUGAACAUCACGGGAGAAUGAGGAUUCUCGCUUGUAUUUGGGGAUUGGUAUUUAUGUUGCAGCCCAGAUCAAGGUCUCUAACGUUAUGGUCCUGAAUUGCCUCGCCCUGCUUGGGGGGUUUUGUACAAUUAAGAAUGAAUGUGAAGAAUAAAAUCUGUUCAACAUAUCACUGAAAA